AGGCGCACUAUGGCCCUUAGCCCUCUGCUGCGCCCUCUGCUGCGGCUGCUUGUGCUGGGACUCGGGCUGGCCCUGCUGUGCGCCGCGGCCGGGGAACCAGUGUCAGGCACCACUCCCUGCUCUCGCGGCAGCUCCUGGAGCACGGACCUCGACAAGUGCAUGGACUGCGCGUCGUGUCCAGCGCGACCGCAUAGUGACUUCUGCCCAGGCUGCGCUGGGGCCCCUUCAGCCUCCUUUGGGCUGCUGUGGCCCAUCUUGGGGGGCGCCCUGAGCCUGGCCCUUGUGCUGGGGCUGCUUUCCGGCUUCCUGGUCUGGAGGCGAUGCCGCAGGAGAGAGAAGUUUACCACCCCCAUUGAGGAGACCGGCGGGGAGGGCUGUCCUGGAGUGGCGCUGAUCCAGUGACAAUGAGCGUCCCUGGUCAGCUGGAGGCCGUGCCCACUCUUCAUUCAUUCAUUCUGGAGCCAGCCCCUGCCUCCCAGACACAGCCAGAGCCAGGCUGUCCCUGUCACAGGGAUGUGCAGGGAUGGGGGACAGGUGAAUCACUUCUCUGAGGCCUGGAUCCAGGCUUCAGAGGAGCCUUCCAAAGUAUCUGACUGCCCUGUCUCUGGCUCCAGGACAGAAAAGGAGACCCAAGCUGGCUCAUACCAGAUGACUGACACUAGGAACUGCAACAUUUGCACAAGGGUCCUCUAUCCCCAUGGCUGAGGGGUGAAGAUAAAGUGAGGGACAGACAGAACACCAGGUCCCACCCACUCAGAUAUGCUAAAUUCCAGCACUGGGGUCUCAGCCUGGCGGUUUAGGGACCUGUUCCUAACACUAGGGGGCUGGCCCUCUAGGAGGGCUGGCCCUGAGACACUGCCCCCACCAACCCUCAAAGGGGGGGAGAUAUUUAUUUUGGGUAGAAAGUUUUGA